AUGCGUCGUGGCCCAAGUCGCCUCAUCUGGUUUGGUCUCGGCGGCAUUGCAACCUACUGGUUCAUCCAGUCAAGAGAACAAAAGCGUGAGAUGCUCAUGAGCCAGGGUGCUGAUACGCAACGCGCCGGACAUUGCCACGCCGCCUGGGGAUGGGGUCGCUGGGGAGACCAUCGGCGCGAAAUGAACGAGGCGCAGCAAAAGAUGGAAGACCAUCGUCGUAAAGUCCAGGAACAGUUCGCGGACUUUGGAAACAUCGGCGGUGACAAGCUCGCUGAUAUGGCCGAGUCGAGUCUUGACUCUGUUAUGAGCUCUGUGGUGGCGCUGAAGGCCAAAAUAGCAGAACAGCGAGCUGCAUCGCAAGCUGCUCGAGCCGCGGCGUCAAAGGAAGAUCCUCGCCUCGUGUGA